AACUAAAUAGAAAGAAGGAAAAGAUAAAUGAGCAUAAAUCCAAUCUCGUAGGUCUUCCCUGAAUCAGUGUACCUCGAUGAAAAAUGAGGAUUCGUUUCUUGCUGCUUCUCACCAUGGUACUGCAAUCACUGUAUUCUACAGAAGUUACAAUAGAAGCAAAUAAACUUUUUCAGAACACUCUCAACAGAUGGGGAAUCAGACCGAUCAAUGAUGCUGACAGAAGUCAGCGUUGGGGAAGAUUCAUAUCAUCUAAAACGACUGUAGAUGAAAAUACAGAGGGAGUGAUGUUGGAAAGUUUAAACAGACUGACUGUCCUUAACGAUGAAGAGUACGCAACACGGACAGCACCUUACAAUUUGGGACUGAAUAUAACUGAUAUCAUACCAAAGACAACCUUAUCUUCACCACCACAACACCACAUUUCAAAGCGAUCAACUGAAACUACUUUCGAUUAUUGGGAGAAAACUGUUGGAUUACACACGCCAGGAGAACAGGCCUCCUGCGGGUCCUGCUGGAGCUUUCCCAAUACGUGUACAAUAGAAGCACUGUACAAGAAGCUGACAGGAGAGUUCGCUAAGUUCUCUGAGCAGUACUUUGUAGACUGCACGUUCUCCUACUCUGGAUGCGCAGGAGGAACAACUAAUGAUGGGUACAAGAUGACCAAGUUCAGACAGUUCAUGUUAUACGCCUCUGAUCACCCCUACACUGCUGAUUAUGAACCAUGUACCUACACUUCUGAUAUUGAAACUGGGACCAAUAACCGCAUGACCAAGAUAUGGUUUACGGACUGGUAUCCGGCAGGAAAUAACGAGGCCAGUGUUCUCGCCGCCCUCAAUGUCUCACCAGUAUCUAUCGGAGUUUACAUCAGCAACAACAUUUUCUCCUACUCCGGAGGAACCUGGUCAGACAGUCUCUGUGCAAGUGAGCCCCUCCUUCAUGCUAUGUUGCUUGUAGGUUACACCCCUACUACCAUUCGAGUCAAGAACAGCUACGGAACGGACUGGGGUGAUUAUGGUUAUAUCAACCUGGCACGAGACGGAAAUCUGGAUUCUUGCAAUUACUGGAAUGAGGCAUACUACAUGACCGCCAUCACCAGAAGAGAUUUUGAGUACGAGUUUUGUCUGGACGCCAAGUUGGGGACUAAAGGUGACUGUCAGGCAUCCUGUCAAGCUAUGGGUACGGGUUGGGACCUGGCUGUUAUCCCUACCCAGAAACAUAACCAGGAGGUUGUGGAGAAGGUUGAAGCUCUGGUUCCGGGUGUAAAGAGCAAUGAUAAGUUCAAUUUCAUAUGGAUCGGUAUAGAGGACCCUUUAAAAGACGAACAGUACAACUGGGUAGAUAACUACACACCAGUUAACUACGUCAACUUCACAUCGUCAAGUUUCACUGGCGGCAAGUAUGGAAUGGUGAACAAAAACAGCGGUGUUUGGACCUUCAAGAACUCGCUAACUUAUGUAGCAAGAGGGAUGUGCAGCAGAGCAACUACCUGCUGGGAUAUCAGCACGGCAGUAGAUAACGGAGCGAUAACAUUCGACAACACCGCCCGAACAUACGGUACAAUAGCCACAGCAACAUGUAACUCUGGUUACACCCUGGAGGGAGCCAAUACUAUGACCUGUAAUGCGGGGGUGUGGGACCAGGAUCUACCUACUUGUAGCUGUACAGAGGAGGGUGGCUGCUCAGAUUCAGCACCGUCACAAGUACAGUGCACGGCAAUAACGGUAGAUAACGCUCAGAUAACAGGUGCAACACAGCCAACCAGUUCAGGACAAACAAUAACUGUUACCUGUAACAAUGGUUACACUAUAAGUGGAAACAACGAGUUGACUUGUGACGGGACGGAUUUUGGAACUUUGCCAACAUGCGACAUCCAACAGUGUGCUACUGUGACAAUAGACAAUGCGCAGAUAACUCCAUCUCAACCGGUAAACUUUGAUGUCACUAUCACCAUCACCUGUAACAAUGGAUACAGUCUGAGUAGUGGGAAUGGUGAGCUUACUUGUGAUGGGACGGAUUUUGGAACUAUGCCAAUAUGUCAACAGCAGCAGUGCACAGCAAUAACGGUGGAUAACGGCUCAAUAACACCAACACAGCCAGUAAACUCAGGGACAGAUAUCACCAUCACUUGUAACCAAGGGUUUGAGAUAUCAGGUUCCGCGACCCUGACUUGUUCUGGAACUAGUUUCAGCGGCUCUUCUCCAACUUGCAACCCUGUGUCUGCUAGCACUUGUACUACUGUAACAGUAGAUAACACUCAGAUAACAGGUGCAACACAGCCAGCCAGUUCAGGACAAACAAUAACUGUUACCUGUAACAAUGGUUACACUAUAAGUGGAAACAGCGAGUUGACUUGUGACGGGACGGAUUUUGGAACUUUGCCAACAUGUCAGAUCCAGCAAUGUUCCCCUAUCACUGUAGAUAACGGAGAAAUAACCCCAAGCCAGCCGGUUAAUCACGGGGUUACAAUCACAGUUACUUGCAACAACGGUUACCUGAUAAAGGGGGAUACCGAGCUGAUCUGCCAAAGUACAACAUUUAACGUGGAUACCCCGACCUGUACCCUGCCUGCAUGUCCCGUCAUAACGGUAGAUAACGCAGAGAUAACGGGGGCUAGUCAGCCAGCCACAUCAGGCCAGGUCAUCACCGUGUCCUGUUCCUCUGGGUUUGUAAUAGAGGGGUCUUCUACUUUGACUUGUACUGGGACUAGUUUUAACAAUGAUGCCCCUGAAUGCAACACGUGCAACGAGCUCAAGGUACCGAAUGCUAUCCUGACUUCUGGAGGGGAGAACACUAUAACGGUAACCUGUAUAAACAACGGCUACGAACUCAUUGGUCAGAACAGUAUCACGUGUGAGAUAUGUAUGGAUAGCUACGAGACUGUCAUGUGCAAAGUGGCCAGUCUUGAGGAGGGGGAUGUCCCUGAGUGCAGGCUCAGAUCAGGGUCGUGUCCGGGAGGGAGCUACUACACGGAGGAGGGGUGUGAAACUUGUCCCACUUCCCACUGGAUGGCCGGAGGGGACAAUGCUGACAGUGGAACAAAUGGUUGUAACACGUGUCCAGGUGUAAAGACGUCUAGCGAAGGUUCCACCAGUGAGUCAGACUGUCACUACAACACCUGCUCUUGUAAGAUGAUAGAAACAGGGGGAGGCGGUAAAUUCAAGACAUCUUGCGCUUGUUUAUAGAGUCGAGAUAGAGUACCUCAUGCUUUAAGUUCCUAGCCGUAAAAGUACCGCCUGAAUACAACCCGUUUAACUACUGUGUGGAUUGUGGACCAACCAUCAGAUGAAAAGUAUAAACAGAUCUGGCAGCAACCACCAGUAUAUCCAACAAUAUUCAACACAAAAGGAGAUGAAAAAUAUCAUUCUGUUAUAUUGGAAUGUGAUACUUCGUAGGAAUUGCUUCCAUCAGUGAUGACUCUGUAGAAUUAGAUGACGUGAAACAGACUUUUGACAGUUGAACGUUUAAUUUUAGUGCUAUUUAUUCCAGGUAGAUUUUCAAUAAUUAUCAAUCAUGCGUCAACAUUUUGUCAUUGCUAAUCCAUGUUUGAUAAGAGUAAUUCUCUAAACGUAGCUGCUGAGGAUCCUCUGAGCCACAAUCCAUGAUCCAGGGCAUUUUAAAUUUAAUUAUUGCAAUCAAUAACCAAAAUUAAAAUUACUAAAAUUACGACCAAACAUUUCAGUUUGGAUCCAUGGGAAUAUGGUUAAAAAUUUUCAAACGAACGAUUCAGGAGUACUAAUUGUCAGGGCUUUAUGAAAGUCUUAGUAAUCAAUGAUUAUUACAAUUAUGUAGUAUGUACUUAUAUAAUUAUUACAAACACAGAUUGAGAAACUUACGAUUUCUCUGAAAGGGUUGUCUAUUAUUCCGUCAUGUAGGUAGACCCAGAAUGGGGUGAACAGGAUGAAGUCGAAUAUAGAAAUCUGAAAUAGAGAUGUAUAGUAAUAUGUGUAGUAAUGUAAUCAAUAUUAAUAUUUGUAAUAAUUUACUCCCCU